AUUAUGAAACUGGAAAUUGAAGAAGUAGCAGCACCUCGAUCAUUCAUAUUUCUAUGGUGUGGAUCAUCUGAUGGACUUGAUUUAGGAAGACAAUGUUUAAGAAAAUGGGGAUUUAGAAGAUGUGAAGAUAUUUGUUGGAUAAAGACAAACAUAGCUAAUCCAUGUCAUUCAAAAAAUCUGGAAUCCAGAGCAAUUUUCCAAAGAACAAAAGAACAUUGCUUAAUGGGUAUUAAGGGGACGGUUCGACGCAGCACCGACGGUGAUUUCAUCCAUGCUAAUAUUGACAUAGAUUUGAUCAUAUCAGAGGAACCCGAAUAUGGAAGUAUAGAAAAACCAGAAGAGAUAUUCCACAUCAUUGAACAUUUCUGUUUAGGCAGAAGGCGACUGCACAUUUUCGGAAGAGAUACCACGAUUCGUCCCGGAUGGCUGACGUUGGGACCCGAUCUAACCAACAGUAAUUUUAACAAUGAAACGUAUAAUUCUUAUUUUGGUAAAGGCUCCAACGACUAUCUGACGGGAUGUACGGAGAGAAUAGAAGCCCUUCGUCCUAAAUCUCCUCCACCCAAAGUUAAAGGAGGAGGAGGCGCUGGCGCCUCUUCUCGCGGAGGAUCUGCUCGAGGAAGCGGUGGUAGAGCCAAAAAUUUUGGUGGAAGAGGAAGAGUAUCGCAUCGCGGAAGAUAACAAACUUCGCAUUUAGUUUUCUUAUUUAACUCGUUGGUCCCAUUUAAAUUUUUUUUUGCAUUGACGUGAGAAUAUGAUUCUAAAAAAUGAUUUGAAAAUAAUAAUACGAAGUGGAGAAAAAAUGUAAAUUAAAUCAUUUUUCUGAUA